AACAAACCAACAAAAGCCAAAGUUAACUGCACAUUUUACACGUGGCUUCCAUACACAUAACAUGAAGAUCAUCUGAUAAAUGAUGACAUACAUUGGAAGCAUGACUUUGUGCCUUUUUUUAUUUCUGUUGAUUAUGUGUGGUUCAGUUUGCCAUGGUGGGAAGUUGCUGGUCUUUCCUGUGGAGGGAAGUCACUGGGUUAACAUGGACAUUUUGAUCAAGGCUCUUCACUCUCAGGGACACACCAUCACAGUGGUACGAACGACAAAAAGUUGGUAUAUCAAAGAAGAAUCGCCCUACUACAGUUCUAUUACAAUACCUGUCACUGACGCUAUGGAUGAGGAAUUUGUAAAGCCAAUUAUUAAGAAAAUAAUUAAUAUAGAGAGAGGAACGAGCUCUGUAUUAAACUUUAUACAUUUGCAAAUCGAGAUGAUCUCUGCCAGGUCUAAGUUUCAUAAAUAUGCUAGUGACUUAGCAACUGCUGUAUUGAAAGACACUGAUUUAAUAAAGACCCUAAAGGAGAACCAAUAUGACCUGGUGCUUACUGACCCAGCAUGGGGAGGAGGUCUAUUGGUGGCUCACUAUCUUCAGCUACCUCUAGUCUACAAUGUACGGUGGGCAAUCAGUGGAGAGGGACAUUUAACUAUUGCACCAUCACCAAUGUCAUACAUUCCAAUGACUUUAUCAGGGCACUCAGACAAAAUGACUUUCACAGAAAGAGUAAAGAAUAUGCUUUUGUAUUUGCUAUCUGCUGUUCGGGACAGGUUGACUGUCUGGCCACAUUACCAGGCUGUUUGUGAUGAGUUUUUCCAACCAGGUGUCGACUUUUAUGAGUUAUUACAAGGAGCUGAUCUGUGGCUCAUGAGAAUUGACUUUGUGUUUGAAUUUCCUCGUCCCACCAUGCCUAAUGUUAUCUACAUGGCAGGGUUCCAAUGUAAUCCUGCCAAACCUCUUCCCCAAGAACUGGAGAAGUUUGUUCACAGUUCUGGGGAGCAUGGAGUCAUUAUCAUGUCUUUGGGGACUUUCGUUACUGAAUUACCACAUGAUAUAGCUGAUGUGAUUGCUGCUGCUUUUUCCCAAAUGCCUCAGAAGGUAAUCUGGAGACACAAAGGAGACAGGCCAGCUUCUCUGGGCAACAACACCUUAGUAGUUGACUGGAUGCCUCAGAAUGAUCUGUUAGGACACCCUAAGACAAGGCUGUUUGUAGCUCAUGGAGGAACAAAUGGGGUUCAAGAGGCUAUCUACCAUGGAAUUCCUGUUGUGGGUCUACCUCUGUUUUUUGAUCAAUAUGACAACCUCCUUCGUCUGAAAGAGAGAGGAGGAGCAAAGCUUUUAUCCAUGGCAACAGUAGACAAGAACAAUAACUUCCUAGAGGCCUUACAGGAAGUUCUGGAUGAGCCGUCCUACAGGAUGAACAUGCAGAGACUCUCCAGGCUACAACGGGACGUGCCAAUGGAACCCCUGGACACUGCCCUCUUCUGGAUUGAGUUUGUCAUGAGACACAAAGGUGCUGCUCACCUGCGUACAGAGUCCUACAGAAUGCCUUGGUACUCCUACCACUCUGUAGAUGUUGUCCUGAUGUUGUUGGGUGUUGUUUCAGUGGUUAUUCUUCUUCUUGUUGCAAUAGUAAGAUAUUUAUGCAUUAGAAAAUGCUUGAAAAGAAAGAUUAAAAGUGAAUGAAUGAGCAGAUCCAAUUCUCCACAUUCUGGUGCACACAAAUAGUAGGAUAUAUAUGACUUAAAGCUGUUAUAUGGAACAAUACCCAACAAAACUCCUAUAGGUAUGCGAGUUAUGGAACUGUCAUUCUCAUUGAAAGCAAGUCUAAGACGCCGUAGAUCUGUUCUAUGUGUGCUAUCUCUAUGCUUCCCAUGUUUAAGUAUCUUUUUGCUUCUUUUACUUUCGGUUUUGUACACCAGGUUCAAACAGCAGGAAAUACAACAUUUUUGGUUAUGGAAAAUAUAUUUCACAGUGGUUUAGAUGAUACAAUGAUUCUCUACACUACACUUGCUUGUUUUGCCACAUAGACUGAAAUUAGGCAAACGAUUACAAUUUUAGCAACCAGGAAAUGGCAGAGUGAUUUCUGCAUAGUACAUCUUUAAAUCAUGAAAAUGUAUAAUGUCGAAUUGAUGCCAACAUAAUAAAAUGCUUAUGUAUAAUUUAGUGUGAAAUAUAUUUCUUGUCAAGUAUUUCCAGAUGGUUGUGCAUUUUGUGAUUCAAUUCUACACUGCAAAUAUUUACUGUAAGUGUUACAAUCACAGUGUUAAAGAUUUUUUACUCUGUGUAGUGUAAAGAAAAAUCUAAACCUCAUCCAUCAUUAUCAUAUUUACCAUCAUGCUCUAUUGCAGGUUGAUGUUUAGUAUUGUUUGUUGCAAUAUCUGUGUUUUUGCAUGUACAUUGAUCUUAUGCUACAGAAAGAUACAUACUUUGCCAGCCAGCAUAAUGUAAUUUGCAGGCCUGAUGUGUUAGGUGUUAGGGAGAAACUAGGCCAUCAAAGAAAGCCCAUAUGAUGUAUGUAAUGUAUUGUCAUAAAGGGUUUAAUCUUAAUUAAACUAUAACACUUAGGCACUCA